AUUGCUACGCUAUUUAUUACCAAUAAUAAAUUGCACAACUGUCUUGUUUUGUUCUAUAAAUUCAAAUUGAAUACGACAAACCGAGAUUGAAAGGAAGGGAGAAACAAAUGUCGACUUUGACCGUACCUCCGGCGCUUACGACUCCCCAAGAUGACGCCGUUCAUCUCUACCGCGCUUUCAAAGGAUUUGGAUGUGAUACUUCGGUGGUGAUUAAUAUAUUGGCUCAUCGAGAUUCAACACAGCGUUUGCUUAUUCAACAGGAGUACAAAAAAGUGUACUCUGACGAUCUUCUUAAGCGCUUGUCUAAAGAACUUAGUGGAAAAUUGGAGACAGCAGUUCUGCUUUGGAUGCAUGAUCCACCUGGACGUGAUGCAAUCAUAGUCAAGCAGGCAUUGAGUUCAGACACAUUGAAUAUCCAAGCUGCGACUGAAGUAAUUUGCUCUCGCACCCCAUCCCAGAUACAGGUGUUUAAGCAACAUUACCAUGCAAAAUUCGGGGUUCACCUUGAGCAAGAUAUUGAGUUACGCACCUCUGGGGAUCAUAAAAGGCUUUUGCUUGCAUAUCUUUGUACACCUCGCUAUGAAGGCCGAGAAGUUGACCUUGAGAUGGCGCAGAAUGAUGCUAAGUUACUUUACAAGGCUGGAGAGAAGAAAUUGGGAACAGAUGAGAAGACCUUCAUCCGCAUAUUCAGUGAACGAAGUUCAGCACAGUUGGCUGCUAUAGCUUCUAUUUAUCGUAAUGUUUAUGAUAGCAAUCUGAAAAAGGCUGUAAAGGGUGAAACAUCAGGACACUUCAAACAGGCUCUGUUGACAAUUUUGCAAUGCUCAGAGAAUCCUGCAAUGUAUUUUGCGAAGGUGCUGCGAAAGGCAAUGAAAGGUCUAGGAACUGAUGAUACGACAUUGAUAAGAGUAGUUGUGACACGGACUGAGAUUGAUAUGCAAUAUAUAAAAGCUGAAUACGUGAGGAAGUACAAGAAGACAUUGAAUAAUGCAGUUCACUCAGAAACAUCCGGCCAUUACCGGAGUUUCCUGCUUUCCCUUUUGGGACCCAACCAAUAGUUGAAAUUUAAUGUAUGUGUGUCUAUAUAUUACCACGUUUUGACAAGAUGCGAUCCUGUAAGUGCUUGUAAUUAAUGGAGUAACUUGUUAUUUUCUCAAGAUUGCUGUAUAUAUCGUGCUUGUAAACAAGAUAAAGCAGUUUGCGGUUCCUAAGACCUAGGAAAGUUCAAAAAUAUUCAAUAACUUGGUUUGUAAUUGCUUGUUUUCAUGCAUAUAUUAUAGGUAGUUAAAAUUUUAAAUUAA